AUUCAUCGACUCCAUUUUAUCUUGUCGAGAGAAGCUUUUGUCGUUACGUGUUCAACGCAUUACAGUUCAAUAAAAUACUGUUUCAUACGUGAAUAUGUUUUAAAAAAAACGCCUUCUGCUUGGACUGAUUCGUGGUAAUACACACAGUGAUUACGACGGUGAAACGUAAAGCGUAAAAUUGUUUAAGCAAUUUUGAUUUUUUCCACGGUAUGUCAGAGGGCGAGGCUACAGCAUCGCAGAAGAAACAGCAGCCAUUUCAACAACAGCCACAAAUCGGAGUAGGCUUGAUGGCAAACAUGGCAUGGCAAUAUCCCUCGCCAAACAAUUUACACAAUAUGUUCCCUCCAUAUUCAGGACAAUUGUAUGGACCUGGAUACCAAGGUGUACCUCAUCAAGGGCAAAUAUUUAAUUACUAUCAUACAAUGAUGCCUGGAUAUGGACAACCUUUUAAUCCACAGCAGAUGCAACAGCAGCAGCAUCAACAACAGCAACAACAACAGCAGCAGCAGCCACAGCAACAGCAGCAGCAACAACAGGGCAACAAUCAAGGAAAACAACUUCAUCAACAGCCUCCUGUACCUGGGACACCAAUGUCUCUAGAGGAUGAAUCGGAUCUUCCUCCUCUACCACCUGGGCCACCUCCAUCUGUUCCACAAUCACAACAACACAAUAAUCAAGUGCAACAGACUAUGCAGCCUCAUCCAGGAUACAUGUACAACUCCUUUCCUUAUGGAAACUGGAAUGGAAUGCACAGUGACAUGUCUCAAUACAACAAUCAAAUUCGUUUCAACUUACAAAACAAGAAGAACGGUAUGCCCUUUACUCCGUCCAGCAAUAGUGGGGCUGCAAAGAAAAAACGUAAGCGGAACAAAAACUUAGCAGCACAAUUCAACAAUAGCUUUCAGGCGAACAGUCCCACCACUACUUUUGUACCGGGUCCCAAUUUGAAGACAGAACUACCACCCCUACCCCCUGCACAGCGUGAGGUAGCAGCUCCUCCUCCACCGACUGAAGAAUCCCCUGCUCCUUCUAAACCUGCUACUACCACUGUUAACACAACUCCUAGUGCUGGUACUCCAGCGGUAGGUACUCCCUCCGUCGUGACAACUCCCAGCCCUGUCGGAGACUGGCCUGACAGCUUGAAGAACUACGUGAACAGAUGCUACGAAAAGUGCAAAACGGCCGUGGAUAAGGAUCAAGUCGAGAUUAUAUUAAAGGGAAAGAUUACACGCGCUGCGAACGAUGGCUCGCUAUGGGUGAAGGAUUGGGACCAAGAACCUUUACCUAGCAUCCACAGCGAACGCAUGACAAUGACGAUCAAACCUCAGAAACCGGCGUUAAAGUUGAACAAUUUGGCGAAUCCGCUGAUCACUGCACAGGGAGGCUUGCGCAAGCCAGGCCUCUCUACUUCUCUUGGGGCUCGGCUUGGUGCGCGUCUCUCUGUGAGUCACAAACGGUCGAGAUCAAGGUCGCGGACUAGAUCUAGAUCAAGAUCCAGAUCGAAGUCAAGAUCAAGGUCGAGGUCCAGAUCGAAGUCGAGAUCGCGUUCCAACACACGUAGCCCACCAUCUCGAAAGUACAGGCGUAGCACGUCGUCGUCGUCCAACGUUAGCGAUCACGAUUACAAGUCGUUAAAGACGAAAAAAUCUACUAAAAGCAAACAAAAUCACAGCAGCAAGAAAACAAAGAAGACUAAACAGAUGAAAUCACAUUUCUAUUCAGAGUUUGGUUUAGCUACAGGAAACACCGAGGAACUAGGAUCCAAGGAGAAACUGCAACAACGCGCUGCAAGAUUCAACGACAGUAUUUCCAGGACCGUCAGCAACGGUGUUAAAGAUGAUUCCUCGGCAGAGUUUGACUUAACUGGUCUUCACAUUGUUGGCACAUGCAAGGAUAUAGAAAAACCGUAUUUGCGGCUGACAUCUGCUCCAGCUCCCUCCGCUGUACGUCCGGUAAGUGUACUUCAAAAUUCUUUGGCACAUGUCAAGAAACGUUGGGUGGCUGAACAAGACUAUAGAUAUGCUUGUGAUCAACUUAAAUCCAUUCGGCAAGAUCUUACCGUCCAAGGUAUCAGAGAUGCAUUUACAGUCCAUGUGUAUGAGACGCAUGCCCGUGUAGCUCUAGAAAAAGGCGAUCAUGAAGAGUUCAAUCAGUGCCAGACACAGCUAAGGAUGCUGUAUCAAGAUGUUGGCGGAGAAAAUCGGUGUGAAUUCAUCGCAUACCGAAUACUGUAUUAUAUUUUCACAAAAAAUUCCCAAGAUUUAACAACAAUUUUAGCCGCUUUAUCGAAGGAAGACAAAAACGAUGAGUGCAUAAAACAUGCACUGAAAGUACGUUCAGCUUGGUGGUUGGGCAACUUCCAUGCCUUCUUCAAACUGUACGCAGUCGCUCCGAGAAUGGCGGCCUUCCUAAUGGAUUGGUUUGUUUCAAGAGAACGCAAGAAUGCAUUGAAGUGCAUGCUAAAGUCGUACGUACUGAAUAUUUUGUUAGCCAUUAUCCAUUUAUAUUUGUUAAAGCAUCUUCAAAUCGUAUUUCACAGCACUUUUUUUUUUACGAACAUUAAUACCAUUAAUAGUAAACAUCUCCCUUUACAGAUCACAUUUUAUGAACUUCUUUCUUAUAUUGCCUUAAAAUGAUCUAUGUUAUAUUAUUUUUAUUUUUUUUUCUAAAUGUUUAACAUCUUGUAGAAUAGUGACACAUUAAAAACCAUAUCUUUUACCAUCAAAAUAAUUAAUUUCGUUGACUUGGAAGUGUUAGUUAAGUAAUAUUCAUAAAACUAUAAAUUAUUUCGCUUUACAGAUGUGAAUAAAUGAAACAUAUUAGCGCAUAGUUAUGAAAUAUAUUUCCAUAUAUCUACUGGAAAUAUGUUUAUCAUCGUCAUAAUUACUCAUCUUUAAAAAUUGUCAAUUUUUCAAAUUUAUACAGGUAUACAUCGUUGUGCAGAGAAGGGUGGAAGAAUGAACAAUUUUUUUCAUCAUGUGUAAUCGUAUAAAGAUUUCUGUUACAGGACAUCGUAGCUGAAAAAUAAUUAGUUUUAUAUGUACAUAUAUGUUCAAUUACUAUUUAUCACUAUUAUAAUUUCUAACGAACACGCGAAUUACAUACACUUAUCUAAUGAUACAUUUCUUCUACUGUUUAGCUACCGGCAAAAUUUGGCGGUUGAUUUCGUCGUGGCAGAAUUGGCCUUUGAAUCUUUGGACAAGUUUUAUGAAUUUGUCAAUGAAUUCGGGUUGGUUUAUGCUGAUCCUGAACAACAUCUAAUCGACUGCAAGACAAGCAGUGGUUCUCUAGGUGCUUGGUAAAAGCAACAUCAAUCUCUAGUUUUUCGUGGAAGCCACAUAAACAGAUCGAUUAUUCCUCGUCGUGCACACUGAUAGGCGCAAGUCCUCCUCGUGCACGUGCCCUAUAUACACGUCGUCCUGUUACGAUGAUUCUUCUCGCUGUUCUCUUUACGAUCAUUGUUCUUCUUUGAUCGACAUCAAUCGAUCGAGCAACAGUUUUGUAUAUGAGAAUCCUUCCCACGAUAAAUCUGUACAUAAUACAAAUCUCAAUCUCGGCCCGCCAUAACAUUUGACGUUAAAUAACGUUACGUAUUCGUGGGUUCGAGCAAAUUGUACAAAGGAUCAGGGUGAUUGGUUUCCGGUCAUUCGCAACUACCUCAAUUCGAACUCGGUAUGAAACCGGGCUUCUAGCGAAUUAAGAAAACGAAAAAACAUUAAAAAAAAAAAAGAAGGAAACAACGAAUCGUCUUUCGGGGGAACAGUUCUCGUCGGUUCAAACUUCGAGUUCUUCGAUAAACAAAGUCCCUCCGUUCGUUGAUCGUUGCCUGUUAUCGCUUGUCGUCUCUGGUAAAUUGUGUAAACGUCUUUUUAAAUGCGUCCUGCAACGGAACCGGAAUUUUUUAAACCUGGUUGCCAGUCCUUUCGCCCAAUUGAUAAUACUUCACGGUUUACCUCACUGGGGAGCUUUGACAUUCUAUGGAUGAAGGAAGUAAAGAGUGGGAGUCGACAGAACCUAUUCGUGCGGAAAUGAAGAGUGGCAUCAGGCCGUGGACUACGAGUCUUGAGGAGUUUUUUUUUGUAAGAUCGAGGAGCCCGAAAGGAUACAGGCAUGCUGGGUAAAAUGUUCGUGGUGAAGAAGAGAAGGAAGACAGCCUCGACGGAGACCGAUGGGUUGUGCCUUUCUUAUUGGGUACCAUUAUAAGGCAUUGACUCUGUGGAUAUAGUUGGCGUUACGUGUUCAAAGAUCGACGGCUAGGAACUUUUAAUCGGGACAAAUCUAUUUGGCGUCGAAUCGCCAAUCGCGUGUGAUAUAAGUGAUUUAUUUUUAUCUUUUUAAGUGUUUACUGCAGGACAAUGUUUUUUCUUCUCCUUUGAUUAAUCUCCGUUAUCGAUUCUCGGUUUUCGAGAAUGUUCUCUCUAUUCCUCUGCCCAUAUGGAAACGACAUCGGGUACACAUCAUCAUAAUUAGGAGAAGAAAGAAAGGGACAUUUUUCAUUGUAUGAUUGCAUUCGAGUAUGGGUACUGUGUAUAAUAAAUUAUUUAAUUUUUCGGAUGUUAUAUUACUUUUUAAUGCGUUAUACACUGGAACCUAACGGAUUUACAGGGAAUCUGUUGUAAAUUGAAAUAAAAUGUUUUAUUAUGUUGUAA